AUGGCGCUCGUGAUAAGCCAGGCUCGAAAGUCGCAAUACACGGGGCGUACGCUUCCGGAUUGCACUGCGGGAAAGCGGGCUCGGCUGGACGGCGUCGAGCUUCAGAAGUUCUCCCCGCUGGAGGGGCUGCCGGCAGUGGAGUGGGAGGAGGCGCCCCCACGGCCGGGGUGCAUUCUGACUCUCGACUCGCGCUACAGCCCUGAGGGCGUGGCGGCCGUGGAAGCGGCUGUAGCGCGGCUGCUGAGGGAGCUGGGGAGGGAGGUGGGGGGAGGGGGGAGAGGUGGAGAAGGGGGCAGGAGAGAAGGGUGGUGGGGAGAAGGGUUAGUUGGAGAGGGGGUAAGGGGAGUGGGGUUAGGCGGAGAAAGGACGGGGGCAGAGGAGAUAGAACGAGAGGUUGCAGCGGCUGGGUUGGGCGAUGGGGGACAAGGGCGGCGAGGGGGGAUGGGGGGACGGGUUGAGGGGGAGGUGGAGGAGGGGGAGGUGGCAUGGAGGAUGGAGGGGGAGGCGGCUGAAGGGAGGAGAAGAGGAGGGCAAGGGGGAAGGGGAGGGGGAGGGGGGCUGAAGGUGGAGGUUAAGAAUGCGGAGGGGGGGAAGGGGGAGGGCGAGAGUGAGAUGAAGGUGGAGGGGACGGAUGAGGGGAAAGUGGAGGGGACGGAUGAGGGGAAGGUGGAGGGGACGGAUGAGGGGAAGGUGGAGGGGACGGAUGAGGGGAAGGUGGAGGGGACGGAUGAGGGGAAGGUGGAGGGGACGGAUGAGGGGAAGGUGGAGGGGACGGAUGAGGGUGAGGGCUCAAAGGUGAAGGAAGAAGGGGGAGGGAGGGGCGGAGAGGCGAUGCCGGAGGUGUGGCAGCGGCUCUACUCGGGAUUGCCCAAGGUGGUGGAUGCGGAGGGGCAUGAGAACAUGUGGAAAUUCCCCAUCUGGGUCUCCCUGGCCGUCAACAUGUGCGUGUGUGCUGCAGUAGGCAUGUGCGUGCGUGCUGCAGUAGGCCUGCGUAAGGGGCACUGCUGUGUGCGCAGGAUGGGUAAGGGGCACUGCUGUGUGCGCAGAAUGGAAUGGGUAAGGGGCACUGCUGUGUGCGCAGAAUGGGUAAGUGGCGCUGCUGUGUGCACAGAAUGGGUAAGGGGCACUGCUGUGUGCGCAGAAUGGGUAAGUGGCGCUGCUGUGUGCACAGAAUGGGUAAGGGGCACUGCUGUGUGCACAGAAUGGGUAAGGGGCACUGCUGUGUGCACAGAAUGGGUAAGGGGCACUGCUGUGUGCGCAGAAUGGGUAAGGGGCACUGCUGUGUGCGCAGAAUGGGUAAGGGGCACUGCUGUGUGCGCAGAAUGGGUAAGGGGCACUGCUGUGUGCGCAGAAUGGGUAAGGGGCACUGCUGUGUGCGCAGAAUGGGUAAGGGGCACUGCUGUGUGCGCAGAAUGGGUAAGGGGCACUGCUGUGUGCGCAGAAUGGGUAAGGGGCACUGCUGUGUGCGCAGAAUGGGUAAGGGGCACUGCUGUGUGCGCAGAAUGGGUAAGGGGCACUGCUGUGUGCGCAGAAUGGGUAAGGGGCACUGCUGUGUGCGCAGAAUGGGUAAGGGGCACUGCUGUGUGCGCAGAAUGGGUAAGGGGCACUGCUGUGUGCGCAGAAUGGGUAAGGGGCACUGCUGUGUGCGCAGAAUGGGUAAGGGGCACUGCUGUGUGCGCAGAAUGGGUAAGGGGCACUGCUGUGUGCGCAGAAUGGGUAAGGGGCACUGCUGUGUGCGCAGAAUGGGUAAGGGGCACUGCUGUGUGCGCAGAAUGGGUAAGGGGCACUGCUGUGUGCGCAGAAUGGUUGUACGCACGGCGCCACGGGUACCGAAUGGUGGUGGAGAACGGAUCCAAGUACACUCCCGACAGACACCCAUCGUGGUUCAAGAACUACUUCAGCUGGUUGCUGAUGGCCAAUCUCACCGAAACACUGAAGGGGCAGGUGUGGAUCCCACAGGACCCUGCUCUGCUGCUACAGCCACCCACCGCGCUACAGCCGGAGGGGCCCGUGGCUCUGAUACCACGGAACGGCGACUCAAGAGGGGGGUUUGAGGGAGAUGCAGGGACGCUGUUCCGGGAGGAGACAGGCUACAUCAAUGCGGGUGUCAUGCUCUGGCGGCGGUCGCCCGACAGCUUCAAGUUCUUCCGCGAGUGGUACAACGUGACGAGGGACAACUACCACGUGCACAACCACGUGUGGGAGCAGGCCAACCUCAACGAGGUGGCACGGCAGGCACAGUGGAGGGAGAGGGUGAUCGUGGUGCCGUAUCGGGAGCUCACAGGGCCCCACGGUGCCAUGGUGCGGCACCUCUGGGGCGGUGUGGCAGAGGAGACGCGUCACAAGGUGGUGGUUGACGCCUUGGAAGAGGCACUAGGGGGCCUGCAGUAA